AAUGGAAUACGGUGAUUUUUAGAGAUUGCUUUCAGAAGAAGAUGAAUUAGUUUAAAUAUCUAGAGCAUAAUUAGAAUAAUUAAUUCUAAAAAAUUAACUACCUGAAACACUUCCUGCUCAAAAAAAAUCCUGCAAAAAAAUUGUAAUAUAAUAAGCCGCCAAGAAAUAAAAACCUUAUUAAUUUGCAGAUGUUCAUUAUUGGACAAUAACUUAAUUUGAUUGGGAUACAAAAGUACUAGAAGCACUAAAGGGAGCAUUUGGUAAAGAAUAAUUUAAGGCAAAUUAAAAAGCAAUAAUAAAUUGUGUUUUAGCAGGAAAAGAUGUUUUUGUUUGCAUGCCUACAGGAUAUGGAAAAAGUAUAACAUUCUAAAUUCCAGCAUUUGUAGAAAAUGGUACAAUAUAUGAUAUAAUAUUUAGGUGUUUCUAUUGUUGUAAUGCCGUUGAUAUCAUUGAUAUUUGAUUAAGUACAAUAUCUAACAAGUCUUGGUAUACCAUCACUGAAUAUGAGUGGUUAAAACAGAUUGUUAACAGCAUAAUAAAUUCUGGACUAAAAAAUAAAGUUAAUUUAUACUACUCCUGGUAUUAUUUAAAUUCAAACUAGAAAAAAUCGAGAAAUCUGAAUAAUUUAAAUAAAUUUUAGGGGAUCUAUUCAAUAGAAAAUUAAUCAAAAGAUUUGUAAUUGAUGAAGCACAUUGUGUAAGUAAAUGGGGAAGAGAUUUUAGACCAGAUUAUUUGAAAUUAAGUAAUGUUAGAAAUGAAUAUCCAAAUAUUCCUAUUAUUGCUUUAACUGCAACUGCUCCAGAAGAAGUUAAAGAAGAUAUUAUUGAUGUACUUUAAAUAAAAGGUUGCUUAUAUUUAUAAUCUUCUUUUAAUAGACCUAAUCUGGUCUAUGAAGUUAGAUGUAGAGAAGAAUUUAAAAAAGCAGUUUAAGAAAUUAAAGAAUUUAUUAAUUAGACUUAUCCUAAACAAUCUGGUAUCAUAUAUUGUUUAACAUAAUCUGAAUGUUAAACUUUAUCUUAAAAUUUAAUAUAUCAUGGUAUAGGAUCAGACUUCUAUCAUGCUGGUCUUACUGAAAAGGAAAGACAUAGAAUUCACAAAAAUUGGUUGAUGAAUGAAGUACAAGUAAUAGUUGCAACUGUAGCAUUUGGUAUGGGAAUUGAUAAAAAAGAUUGUAGAUUUGUAAUUCAUUUUUAAAUGCCAAAAUCUAUUGAAAAUUAUUAUUAAGAGAGUGGUAGAGCAGGUAGAGAUGGUAAAUAAGCACAUUGUCUUCUAUUUUACAAUAAUAAUGACUAUAAAACUAAUUUAGUAAAUAUUUUAUUAAAUAAAUUUCUAGUAUUUAAUGGAUUAGAAUACAGAAAUGACUGCUUAAAUGAAAAAAUAUAAUAUUAAAAAAUUAGAUUAAAUGCAAUAAUUUUGUUAUGAUAGAGUAUCAUGUAGAAGAGUCUUACAAUUAUCAUAUUUAGGUGAGAAUUUUGAUAGAACAUUAUGUAAUAAAAAAUGUGAUAAUUGUUUAAGAGAUGAUGAAAAUGCAGAAAAAAUCAAUUUAACAACUGAAGCUCUUAAAAUUCUUGAUUGUUUAGAUAAAUAUCCAUUAACAGAAAAUCAAUUAAUUUAAUGUUUAAAAGGAGCACAAGAUAAAAAGAAAUCUAAUAAUUCAUAAAAAAAUGUUGAAUAGAUAUUUGGAUUAUUUAAACAUAAUCCUCGUAAUAUAAAUCCUUUAUUAGAUUAAUUAAGAGCUUAAAAUGCUUUAAGUUAAAAAGUAUAAUGUUACAAUGUUAAAGGUAAUUUCAAAAAUAAAGUUGUUUACUUAACUCCUAAUUCUGGAACAUCUUUAAAAAGUGUAAUCAUAUCAAUUCCUAGAGAAAAAGACAAGAGAUCAUCAGUUUUGGAUUAAAAGACUAAUGAUCUAUUUAAAAAGUAUUUGUCUAAAGAAAAUAAUAAUCAAAAUAACAAUGGAAUAAAUUUAUAAAUAAACUAAAAUGUUUUACAAAAAGAUUUCAUUUGGUAAAAUGGAACAAAUAUUGAAACUGAAUAGAAGAAAUUAUAAUAUGAUAAUCAAUAUGGUUAUUGUUUAGAAAAUCAAUUUAAUGAUUUACGUGAAAGAUUAAUGUUAGUUCGUAAGAAUAUUUAUAAAGAAAUGACUAAUGAUGCUUCGAAUUAAAUAAUUAAUAUUGAUUUGGUUUUAUCUACUGAUGAUAUUGAAGAAUUAUGUAAAAAGUUACCAACUACUAUGAGUGAAUUAAAUGAUCCAUUCAUAUGCAUAGCCUAAGAAAUUAAAAAAUUACAAUAUAUGAAACAUUUUAUUGAGGAAGUUGCCCAUUUUGUUGAUAUUGAAGAAAUAAAUAAAUUAUUAUUUGAAAAACGUAUAUAUUUUAUUAAUUCUAGCAAAACAAAUCGAAACUUAAAUUGAUUAAGUUUUUGAAUUUUAGAAACAUAUUAGACAAGAAGAUGAUGUUGUAGAUAUUACAAACUAAGAAUUUAUUGGUAAUAUAUAAUUUAUUAAUUUUAGCUAAAUAAAAAGAAAUUGAAGAAUUAUUAGUAAAUGGUUAAGAACAUGAUGAUUAUUUAGAUGAAGUAUUCAAUUUAUUUAAUUUAGUUAUUAAACUUAAUUGAAGAAGAUGAAAAAAAACAAUCUCCAGAUAUUGUUAUCAUAGAUGAUGAUUUUAUUUAAAAUGACUUUUCUUUAAACAAAAAACCAUAAAUAUAAUAGGCUUCAAACUUUGAGGCUAUUUAAUAAUAAAAUUAAAUUUCAUAAGAUUUAAAAUAAACUGAUAGAAUUGAAAAUAAUUAACAAUCAAAAAAGCUAAAAAUUAAUCUAAAAAGAUCAUUUUUAUGA